AUGUUAUCAGAGCGUGCCGGACGCCCGAGCACGUCAACAACAGACGAUAACAUUGAUAAAGUGAAGAAAAUAUUAUUGGCCAAUCGUCGAAUCACCGUAAGAGAAGUUGCUGAGGACCGAAACAUAUCGAUUGGAUCGUGCUAUUCGAUUAUCAUGGUCAACACUGAGGAAAACAUUGAUUCUAAUCCUAUCACAUAUCCGUAUUACUAUGCUCAGGAUGUGAAUAAAUUUGUAAUAAAUUAUUACAACCAAGAGGAACGGCUUCAUGAUUUAACACCAAAUAGAAUAGCUGUAAAUGAUGAGCGGCAAUCGAAAUCAGAGAAAUGUUCCAGGAAGAGAAACCGUUCUCAAGAUUCUUCAUUAUCAUCAUACAUUAUAUAA